AACGACUCGCUGAUGCGCCAGAUGCGGGAGAUGGAGGAGCGCUUCGCAGGGGAGGCCAGUGGGUACCAGGACAACAUUGCCCGGCUGGAGGAGGAGAUCCGGCACCUGAAAGAUGAGAUGGCCCGGCACUUGCGGGAGUACCAGGACCUGCUCAACGUCAAGAUGGCCCUGGAUGUGGAAAUCGCCACCUACCGCAAGCUGUUGGAGGGCGAGGAGAACCGGAUCAGCAUCCCCAUGCACCAGACCUUCGCCUCCGCACUCAAUUUCCGAGAGACCAGCCCAGAGCAGCGCGGCUCCGAGGUGCACACCAAAAAGACCGUGAUGAUCAAAACCAUCGAAACUCGUGAUGGGGAGGUGGUGAGCGAGGCGACCCAGCAGCAGCAUGAAGUGCUGUAG